GGAGGUCGAGGAGGAGGAGGAGGUCGGCAGCUGCCAGAGCGAGCCCCCCGCCAAACGGGUGAAGUCAGAGGACCUCGGUCAGGACAGGGAAAGCCGAGAGGAUGGUGGAGCAGCGGAGAAGGAGCCCGUGGAGCGGAAGCGGGCCCGGGGGCAGAAGAAGAGCAGGCCGUGUAUGAAGCCCAAGCGCUACGAGCAGAGCAGGCUGUGCCCGUGGGUAACGCAGCUGGAAAUCCAAGGCAAGCUCUACUUGGCUCCGCUGACCACGGGCGGUAACCUCCCUUUCCGAAGGCUAUGUGAGCGCUUUGGGGCAGACGUCACCCGUGGAGAGACGGCUGCGUGCACAAACCUGCUUCAGGGCCAGUCCUCCCAGUGGGCUCUCCUCAAACGGCAUCACGCCGAAGUGGACAGCCCAAGAGUCCUUUGAGCUCUCCUGCACGGCAGCGGCUGCACGACAGGAUCUCCUCUUGAGUGGGGACGCUCACUUAAGGUUCUUCUCCUCGAGGCUGAGAGAUUCCUUGCCGCAACAGAU